UGAAAACGCGAGAGAGUUUGUUCGCCGAGGAGAAACGAUGAAAGACGAAAGGACAAGCCGUGGAAAAGCACGGAGAGCGAUAACGUUACCUGGAUCGGGGCCGGCGAAACGUUGUCCGACAAUCGAUGCCGGCAACCGGAGCGCAGAAUAAUCGCGGAAAGUUCGGAACGCGUGAGAAGUCGAAGGGCGGCCAUUUUGACUUCGGUAAAUAAGGGUCGGUGGCCGCCAUUGGUGCGCACGGGCGCGUCUUCCUUCUCGUUCUCGUGCCAGAUCGAGCAUUUCCACGCGACUCGCUUGUAUUUCCAGCAUUUUCAUCGUCUCGCGGGAAAGUCGGUCGCAGUCGCUCGCUUGCCCGAUAGACGAACGUGUCACCGAACGAUUCUGAGUAACGUGAAAUCCGACCGAACAACUAACGGGGUUCCAGUUAUCACGAAUAUUCUAUAGAGAGUGGCAAGUGCCGCGUUGCUCGGAAUUUCGCUGGAGGAUCGUUGCGAUCAGACGAGGCUCGGCCGGACCGUUUUCAGCCCGGUGAGCAAGCGCGAGCCUCCUGGAAGUCGUUUGUGCCGCGAACACCGAGCCCCGAGACCUCGGAAGGGGUGAGAUUCUCGGUGAAAUAGCGCAAGAGGAAUUAUCGCGAACGAACCAUGGACCUGGGAGAGGUCGCGUGUUCCACCGUCAGGUGGCGGUAGCCUGAAAACAGUGGGACAGCGUAUAAGAGACAGACACCCUGCAACGGGACUGUGUGUUUUUCACGGAAUUGUUUUCCGCGUUUUCCCGCAAGUACUGUGCUCCCCGACGGUAAUUUUUUGGCCGAGAGGGCCGCAUCUAUCAACCCCACUAUUCCGGCCGGCCGAUCGCCUACUCGCACCCAAAGACGAAUUAUGUAGUUUCUCUACUUGGUGUACACUCGAUUUAUUCCUGUCUCGCUUAUAAGAGGAGCCCAAUGUGGGUGGAAGUGAGAUGGCAUCCAGGGAAAAGAAACCCUUAGCGCCUUCCAAAGCAAAACAGAAGGCGAAUAAUGAAAGUGGCUUGUCGUCGAAUGAAAUUAAAAGUAGAAAGGGUAAGACUUUAUCGAACCUGAAACAACAGCAACUCGCACGUGAUAUUCUGGAAGCUGUGGCAACAGGCAGUCAGCUUCCACCAAAAUUAGAAGCAACCCUGCCACGUAAGAAGGUUCUGAGGAACCUUAAGCGUAAACAGAAAUUGAGAGUGGCAAAGGCUAAUCUCAUCAAAUCCAAAGUUCCAAGGAAAGUGGCGAACAGAAAUUUAUGCAGAAUAACAUCUGACGUUAAGAAAAGCGUACGAACGAAAAGGGUCAAAUUGUCGGAGGAGAGUAGCGUUAAGACGUUUGAUAGUAACUCAAAAGUUCUAGAGCAACAAGUAAACGACAUAGAAAUCGAAAGUGCAGGGACAGAAACAAUUAAUAGAAGUGCCAAGAAUAAUCUCAGGACCAAAAAGACCAAAUUUGUAACAAGAAGUAGCGAAGAAAUAGAAAACGAAGAUAUUCAAGAUACAGAUUCUGUUGCUGGAUCUAGCACGAAAAGCAGUCCAAAAUUUAAUAAGAAGGGGAAAAGCUUGGACAGUCCGGAUUCUUUGUCGAAAACUAUUAAGUCGACAAAGUUUACUGGAUUCAAAAGGAGCAGUAUCAGGGACAAGGAAGGUUGCUCUAAAAACACAGAAGCGGACAGCAAGUAUACGAAAGGAAGAAAGAGUAACAGUAAAGAUACAGAUUACGGCAAGGCCUCAAACGUCGAUACAAAAUUUACAAAAUCUCUUCUCGAGGCUAAAAGUUCUAUAGAUCUUACCAUCGACGAGGUGAUAGCUUCAAUGUUAAGUGAUUCAGAAAUAGACAAUCAACAAGGAUUAACAGAGAAAAUUGAGGGAAAAGUAACGAGAAGUAGGAAAAUGCUGGUAGAAGAAAGUAUAGUUCCUGACAUUGAAAUUAAGAAGGAACCGGAUAGAGAGGAGACAAAAAGUAUAUCGGAUGGAGAAAAUUUAGGCACAGAAUCUUUCCAAAAUGCAAUUCAGCUGAGAAAAAGGUCGAAUGUAUCCAUAGGUCAGAGAAGUUUAAGAAACGGGAAAUUACGGCAAUCAGACUCCGGUAUAUCAUCCGACUUGGAUCAAAAGAGACGUCGCAGAUUAAACUCGGAUGAUCCUAUUAAUUCGGAAGUCUUGGUGGAUAACAUUACGGACAGUAAUAUAGAUACAGAAUCUUGCUUCUCGGAAUCCAGCGGCAGUGAUCCCCAGACAGUUGUAGCAGCCAAAGAUGAACCUUCUUUGAAACAGGAAAUGCUGAAAAAUUGCGAAGAUAGUUCCCAGAAUGGAUCGGAAACAGAGAACAAUAAUAACAGUGAUCGAGUAGAUAGAGUUAGCGAAAUAGGACCCACUCUGCGCUCAAAAACUAAAGCCAAAAGUACAGAGAUCGAAGUAAAAAAUGACAAUAUUAAAGUGGAAUAUACGAGAAUAGCACCUAAGAGUACAGAAGUGCAGGAAGAUGUAAAGAAAGUAGGCAAUUUAGAUCAAGUUAGAAAGGAUAAUAUUUUAGCAAAAUUUGCUGACAAAUCCAAGAGUCGAAGAAGUAGUUUGAACAUAGAUAUGAAAAAGACGGUAAAUUCGUUUUAUAGUACAGACAAAUCAGACGGUAAUCCAAAGUCUCAGAUAGAUCAGAUGAUAGAGAAUAUCAAGCUCACCAUUGCCAAGUCCAUUGAAAGUAAAAUCUUUGGAUCGGAGAAAAGUCUUGGACUGAGCAAAAAUUUCGAAGUACCAAAAAUUGAAGAGAUAAUCGCGCCUCUGAGUGCAGAAUCUCAGAAAUUGGGAUUAGAUGAGAAUAAGGACGAGGAUAAAUCGACCAUAUCUAAAAAUGAGAUCAAAUCGGAUAGUUCAGAAAAUUCAGUACCAAAAGUGGCCGACACUGCCAAAGAAAUUGAGAAACUAGUCAUGGGUGAUAUCGAACCAGCAGAAACUCAUUCUCAAAAUAUACAAGAAAGCGAGUCUAAUGAAAUCGAUGAAAACAAUAGCGUAUGUAAUGUUUCUGAAUCUAUGCAAAUUAAAGAGAACACUGAAAACUGUGACAACAAACCCGCAGAAGAGCAAGGAGAACCAAAUGAAAAUUCUACCAGUGCUGAACAAUCCGAAAAGUGUUCAGAACAGCAAGACGAACAAGCAAAAACAUUGGACGAUGGUAAAAAGAUAGUGGCUGUUAGGAAAUCACCCAGAAUAAGCGAUAAAGGCUCUUCCGAGAAUGGUGAGACUGUCAAAAAGUCGAAUAAAGGAACGAACAAAAUAGUGUACAAGUCUGAUAACAACGAAGAGUCUUUGGAAGAGGAUACGAAUAAAUCUGUUUCCGAAGAAACUGUUUCAAGCGAGGAACUGCUAAAAACGGUUACUGAAUCUUCCGAACCUUCCACCGAAUCUGUCACUUCUGAAUCAUUGAACAACAAUGCGGAAGUCACAGUCGCGCAGAUAGAAGAAAGGAAAGAAGAGGUAGAAGAAACGAAUAAAAUCGUUCAAAACGAGAUCGAAGUGUCGUUGGACGUUUCUACGAAUUCGGAAGAAGCCGAAACGCUGGAGAGCAUUUCGAAAGAAGUAGAAAGGUUGGUAGCAGAGGGUCAGCCGAUCAGCCAGCCGGAGACAGACACGGAAAAUGCACGAGACAGAGAAGAAGAGGAAGAGGAAGAGGAAGAGGAAGAAGCAGAAGAAGCAGAAGAAGCAGAAGAAGCAGAAGAAGCAGAAGAAGAAGCAGAAGAAGAAGAGGAAGAAGGAGAAGAAGAGGAAGUAGAAGAAAAAGUUCAAAAUAUUACAGAGUCCUCUCCACCUCCAACAGUAUCCGACAAUAGUGAACAAGAAGCUGUGAAUAAUGUAAGUGACGAGUCGGAAGGAAAUAUCGUACAAGAGGAACAAGGGGCAGCAGAGAAUGCCAAAGAAAGAGACAUUAGCCCUCCGGGCGUGGUGGAAGAUACGGAAAAGGAUAGGAAUAAUUGCCACAUAUCAGAUAACUCUAACUCAGGUUCAGAUUCUAAAGAAAAUGCCAACUUAGUUUCUAACGAUACCUCUAUUUUCGACCAGGAUAGUAAAAACGAAGAUGCAGAGAAUAACGUAGAAAAUGAUAAUAAGUGUAAAGAAAAGAGUGCAUGCAACAAUAUAGCCAGCAGUCCCGUUUCUGAACCGGAAGAAAAGGAAGCGAGUUCGAACGAAACUUUGGAGCAGAGCGAGACACCGGCGACAGAGAAUCAGGCUGAGAAACUAGCGAACGAUAGUACGACGGUGGAGGAGGAGCAGAAGUCUGCCAGCGAAGAGAAGAAGAGGGUGCUCAGAGCUCGGGACAAAGCGAAGAAGGUAGAGAAAGGACAAGCGUCGUCGAGCAGGGAGCGCAACGAUAGUUGCUCCAAAGGGAAAACCGACGAGGAGGCUGCUCCGAAAAGGCAAAGCGUCGCGCACAACGAUAUCGAGGAGGAUUCGACGGGGGACAAAGCGGAGAACGCGCCCGGCACCGAUGACCCGGCGGAGGAGAGUCCGAACAACGGUGAAUUGGAGGCGAACGAUUUGGAGCGUCAAGCGCGCACUCGGCGCAGCAGGGAGGUGAAGAAACGCAGGGAGGAUCAGCCGGUUUCGCUGAAGAACAAACGGUCGAAGCGGGAGCUGCGCAAGUCCGAGCAACAGAACAAGGAGGAGACCUUGCUGGACAACGAGGUUGCCAAGAUCAACGAGAACAAUCAGUCGUUCUUGAACAAAUACGGAGGCGGAGCGGAAUGCGCGAAUAGCAAUUUCAGAGGAUUCUCCGAAGGAGGCAGAGCGUGUCUGGAGAAACACCAGGACACCGCGGACAGCGCGCGGAGCAAGUCGGAGAAUGACUUGGUGAUCGCGAAAGAGCCCGAGAAAGGGAGCUGCGAGGACAGGCUGUCGAGGAACCUGUCGGAGAAUCGCGUGACCAAGCAAGCCGAGAACAUCGGCAUGCUGGACGCGGAAUGCAAGCCGUCGAAAACGCCCGAAACCUCGCAGAAGGACUCGGACGAGACGUCCACGUCCGGCGAGUCGUCGAGCAGCGUCAACGUCGCGGAGAAGAUCAUGGAGACGCCCGAGGACAAGGCGAAGAAGGAGUCGAUCCUACGGUUGCUCGGGCUGGAGUCCUUGGAGAAGGCCGCGGAACGGCUGAGUCAUCAGAAAGCUAAGAAGGAGCAGUACAGCACCGGCACUUUGAAGACCGUGAUCAGAGUGCAGAAGGAGAAGGACAGAGACAAGAGACGAUCCAGAUCUCCUCUGAAGAUGGUGCUGAAGCAAGGCCGCGGGGACGGAGAGGGCGAUUCACCAGAGUUCUACACCAUUCAGAAGGAGUUUGGAACCAGUGGUUUGGGCGAUAGCAGCUCUGGUGCGAACCGAAAGUUCUCUACUAACCACAGACACUCUUGCGAUGAAGACAACGAAGACGCAGCGCCGAAGGAUCGCCAGUCUCUCGUGAUUCCAGAGAAGUCCUCCUCGUUCUCCAUUCACCCGGGUCGCCUUUGCGCGGACGUCUGUUGCUACUGCUUCGGGAAGUUCGGCUCGCUGGACACGCCGAUGCAUCUGGCUCAGAUGAAGUCGGACGAGAGACGCAAGAAAAUCCUGAACAUAGAGAGACACCUGACCAAGGACUCGUGCUUGUGCGAUGCGUGUUACCGCCACGUGGACAGAAAGGCAAACACAAGUCCAACGAACAUGCAAACGAAACCGCAGAAACAGCAUCGACAGUUGAUGGUGUCCAAGUGUUCGGCUCGCGACUGCAGAGACGCUGCGAGACAUCACGUGAAGCGCCGUUGGUUGUUGAAGAUAAAGGCCGGUCUGCAAAAGCAGGUGGACAUCGAUUGGGAGUCCAGCCAACACACAUCCAUGUCGUUCUGCGUCAGCCACUACUCGACGAUAGAGCGAUUUUUGACUUGCGCCCUUUGCAAACGCCGGCUGGCGAGGAAUUACACUCAUCAGCUGGCGAACGCGGAGACCGACGAACUGAACCAACUGUUGGGGCAACAGGGGAUCCCCGUGGUGCUGGCCGCUGGUACUUUCGUCUGCAAGUUGUGCCGCUACUUCACCCAGCUUCAGUUGAAGUACAAGGACGUCGAAAAUAUGAACAUGAGUCACCGAUCCUUCUUCAAGAAUUAUCGUAAGAGAAUUCUCCAUUACCACGAUAUCGAGGUGCUGGACAACGAGGACGACGAGCUGUCCCAGAACCAGACCAAGGACAAGGAGAAACGCAAGAAAAGCAAGUGUCCUGCCCAGUCGAAGAGCGGAACCACCAAGUCCCCCGAUGCCACGACGAUCAAUUCCGCCUCGGAGAAGUCGACGCUCGAGCUCGGCAAGGUCGAGGGCGCGAGCUCCGAGACGGAUAACGAGAAUCGAGUGGCGAAAGCGAACCUGACCGACCCCGAGGCGGUGAUUCCCGGGGACGUGCAGUACCUCGGCAUCGAGAGCACCGUGGAGAAGCUGAAGAAGCGAAAGCUCCUGGAAAUGCACCCGUACACGUCGGACACCACGAUAUCCUGCGACAGCCCGAACGAGGUGGUCGAGAUCCUCGCGAUGGACAAAGAGGUGACGCUGACCAGAUUGCCAAAGAGACAGAGAACCAACAACGACAUCACGCCCGUGGUGCAGAGACUCGGCGCGAAUCCCUCGAUCAGCGUCCGCACCCUGUUCCCGGGCGAGGAGGAGAUGAACCUGCACGCGAACAUCGAGUUCGCGAACGUGCGCGAGAUCACGCCCCAAGGGUGGGAGAAGUGCGCCACCAUGAUACAGUACGACAGGGACACGAAGCUCCUCUGGCAAGAGCUGCAGAGACCGUACGGGAACCAGAGCUCGUUCCUCAGACACCUAAUACUUUUAGAGAAAUAUUACAGAUCCGGCGACCUGGUCCUGGCUCCGAACGCCUCCCGGAACGCGAUCAAUUACUCGACGUCUGUUCAGAACAGACUGAUAUCGUACGAGGGGCCGGAGAAGAUGGACGAGCCGAUCAUGGAGCCGAUCGCGUCCGAGUAUCACAACUCGCGCCGCCUGAGCGGCGGGUACGUGCUCGAGAGGGAU